AUGCAGGAGUGUCGCACGUUCAAAGCUUCAUUGCACACAGCAUGUACGGCCACUGUUAUCCGGGAGUCUGUUGAGGUUCAAGUACGCUGUGAGGGUGGAGUACCAACUUUCAACUCGGUGUGGCCCUGCAGCUGCGGCACAAUGCCAAAACUUCCCAUGGAAGAUGAGUCACUGCGCCUCAAGCCCUUCGUGCGACUUUGGUGCAAUGCUGAAGCAGCAGAAUCCAGAUGGGAGCAAGUCCAGCGCAUGGUGGAUGCCCUCGAACUGGCAUGUCGGACGGUGGUUACGCAGAUGCAUUGGGUUUCCUUUGCAGUUCUAUGCUCCAUGUUGACGCAGGUUCGAUUGGAGGUGCCAGGGGUCGAAUCCCCAUAUCGUGCUGACCAAUGGAUCACAUCAUCACCUUACCCUCCGACAGUGCUCACCUAUACCAGAUCCAUGACUGCAGCCAAGGCCAUGGCCUGGAUCCAAGACCUAGACGCCGCUGUUAUAUUGCUGCAAGAUUGGGCAUUUGCUGCCUCAGACCUGUUGGAUGAAGAGAUGCGAUUCUUUCUACGCUCUGUGAAAGCAGCACUUGCUGAUUUCACAUUGCUAGUCAGAGCAGGAAGUCUUUCCUCAGCGAGACGUCCAUUUGUGCCGCUCCACGAACUGGUUGAUGUAUGA